AUGACGAUGAUGAGAGAAUAUGAUCAAACAUGUACCCUCCCAAGAACAAGUAGCAGCGAUAGCUCCAACAACUUAAUUCUCAUUGCAUCGGAGUACCAAAGUAAUUCUAUCAUUCAUCACCAUUCAAAUAAUUACUCAUAUAAUUCUCCUAUUCCUCAUAAAAAUCGCGGUGGAAUCAAAGUCAACUUUAAUUUUUUCAAGUUUCUUCUUGUAAAAAUUAUGUCCCUCCACACCAUGCUUCCAACAUGCAGUACGUGGCUUAAAUAUUUCCCUACGACAUAUCUUACACAUCAUAACUCAUGUCGGAAAGUCACUGGGACUUUGUUCGGUCACCGGAGAGGCCACGUCAACUUCGCUAUCCAAGAUAAUUCCACGUCAUCGGAACCGAGUCUUUUGAUUGAAUUUGCCAUGUCAACUACCACUUUAGUCAAAGACAUGUCAUCGCCACUUGUUCGUAUUGCGCUCGAAUGCGAAAAAAGGCCACGUGGCAGCAAGCAAGUGAGGCUCUCCCGAGAACCUAGUUGGAAUAUGUAUUGUAACGGAAGGAAGUGCGGGGACGCGCUUUUGCGCGCGUGCACUGACUCCGACCGACACGUGUUGCACACCGUACGGAAUGUGUCGGUUGGGGCCGGAGUGAUUCCGUUGGUGGGUGAUGGACGGAUGGGCGGUGAGUUGGAAGGUGAAUUGAUGUUUUUUAGAGCUAAUUUUGAACGAGUUAUAGGGAAUCGUGACUCAGAAGCUUUUUAUAUGACAAAUCUUGAUGGAACUGGAGGACCUGAACUUAGUAUAUUUCUUUUAAGGACUUGA